AUGAACCAGUCCAGAUGGAUUGAAUGGAAGACUCUGAAUAUGAGCAGUAGCAUUGUGAAUGUGUCUGAGCAUCUCUCCUGCCCUCUUGGUUUUGGCCACUACAAUGCAGUUGAUAUCUGCAUCCUUGAGACGGUCAUUAUUGUUUUGCUAACAUUUUUAAUUAUUGCUGGUAACUUAACUGUUAUAUUUGUCUUUCACUGUGCUCCACUUUUACAUCAUUAUACCACCAGCUAUUUUAUUCAGACCAUGGCCUAUGCUGAUCUUUUUGUUGGAGUUAGCUGUUUGGUUCCUACCUUGUCACUGCUUCAUUAUUCUACAGGUGUUCAUGAGUCCUUGACUUGUCAAGUUUUUGGAUAUAUCAUCUCUGUGCUGAAGAGUGUCUCUAUGGCAUGUCUUGCAUGCAUCAGUGUGGAUCGUUACCUAGCUAUUACAAAACCUCUCUCCUAUAAUCAACUGGUUACACCUUGUCGAUUGCGAAUCUGCAUCAUUUUGAUUUGGAUAUACUCUUGUCUGAUCUUCUUGCCUUCCUUUUUUGGAUGGGGAAAACCUGGUUACCAUGGUGAUAUUUUUGAAUGGUGUGCUACUUCCUGGCUCACCAAUGCCUAUUUUACUGGCUUUAUUGUAUGCUUACUAUAUGCUCCUGCUGCCUUUGUCAUCUGCUUCACAUAUUUCCACAUCUUUAAAAUUUGUCGACAACACACCAAAGAGAUAAAUGACCGGAGAGCUCGUUUCCCUAGCCAUGAAGUGGAUGCUGCUGGAGAGACUGGGCACAGCCCUGACCGUCGCUAUGCCAUGGUUUUAUUUCGGAUAACCAGCGUGUUUUACAUGCUGUGGCUUCCUUACAUCAUAUACUUUCUGCUGGAGAGUUUUAGGGUGCUGGAAAAUCCAGCACUUUCCUUCUUAACAACAUGGCUUGCUAUAAGCAAUAGUUUCUGUAACUGUGUGAUAUAUAGCCUCUCCAAUAGUGUUUUCAGGCUGGGACUCCGGAGACUGUCAGAGACAAUAUGUUCAUCUUGUAUGUGUUUAAAAGACAAGGAUCUACGGGACCCAAAACCUAGAAAACGAGCUAACUCCUGCUCUAUUUAA